AUGGACUACGCCGACCAUGUCUUAUCGGGGCGACGUGCCCAAAGCACUCCCGUGUCUUUGACCACCGGAACCGGAUACAGCGUUUUUAAGUCCCUGGUCAUACCAUCCAUCGCCAAUGCACGGAAGGAGGUGAUCCUGGCGACGUGCUUCUGGGCACCGUCAGCCACGCGCGACGGUGUGAGGGACGCACUGGUCGCUCUCUCGAAUAGAGCGUUGGAGACGUCCUGCAGAAUCACGGUCAGGAUAUGUUUCUCGUCUUCGUCACUCGCUCGGAACAUGUUGUGGCCAACCCCCAAGGACGGGCAGAACUACAGCCCGACGCAGUGGGCCAAGCUAUUGGGUCUAUCUGGCCCGGCAGACGUCCGCGGCCUCGACCUCGCCGUCACCAGAAAGUUCUUCUGGCCCUUCGGCAUCAUACAUUCCAAGUAUGUGAUUGUCGACCGGAAACUGGCGAUAUUUCCUUCGUGCAACGUAUCUUGGGAACGGUGGUUUGAAGUGGCCGUCGCAAUCAAGGGUCCCGUCGUGCAGGAUUUGAUCGUUUUCCACAAAUCGUUCUGGCGGCCGCCGCCACCGUCGCCCACGGGGCGUUCAACAUUAGUUCCGAUCGGAGAAUGCGAACGGCGCGAAGGCGAGGGCGACGACGAAGAAGAAGAUCAUGGUGAUUCUGAUGAUGAUGAAAAUGUUGGCGCACAACUCAACCCAGGAUCAUCUACUGCGUCAAGCACGCUCAACUUGGAUCCAUCGCCGACCGUGCUCUUACCGUCACCUCACAAGACCAGCUUGCUUCCCUUCUGGUGCCGGCCUCGCGCUCUGGUAGGACAAUGUCCAUGUAUGACGAUCCCGAGCAGCAGCGCGUCGGAGUAUUCACAGACGCCGUUGCUGUGCACGACACAUCACCUCCUGUCGACCGCCAGGUCGAGCAUCACGAUGCUUACGCCGAAUUUGACCGAGCCCACCGUCCUCGACGCCAUCAGGGAGGCACUCCGCCGCGGCGUCGGCGUCCGUGUAUGGACGAACCGGAACCUGAUGACGGCCGAGCAGAUGGUGACCGCGGGCACCACGACCCCGGCUUGCGUUCGCAACUUGAGAAGGACUUCACGUGGGGUUCGAGGCCAGCUGGACGUGCGUUUCUUCGACGACCACGUACAGCGAGACACUGCGGCGACGACAAGCACAUCAACAACAAAAACAACGCCUGGCGUGAUCCCGCCCGGCGGUCGCGAGACCACCCCGGUCAAACUCCACGCCAAAGUCACCAUCGUCGACGACGACAAGAUACUGUUGGGCAGCGGGAACAUGGACGCAGCGAGUUGGCGCACGAGUCAAGAGCUGGGCGUUCUCAUAGAGAGUAGAGCCGUGAUCGAGCGGUUCAAGAAGGAAUGGAAACAUGGUGGAUUGUGA